AUGCAAAAAAUAAUUUAUCUAUCAAUAGUAUUAUUGGUAGUUUCAUUAUUUUUAAUAUCGAUUGGUUUUUCAUCACCAACACUUUUUAAUAAUAAUAAUAAUAAUAAUAAUAACGAAAAUGAAAAUAAUAAAUUAUUAAAUAAUAAUGUCAAUAAAGAAAUUAAUAAUAUUAUAAAUAAAGGUUAUCAAAAAAUGGUAGAUGGAUUGAAAUUAAAAAGUCAAUUUCACUACAAUGAAGAUAAAUAUAUGAAAAGAGCAAUGGAAAAACAACAACAUAAUCCACUUGGUUAUAAAUGCCAACAUGAUUCAAUUGUUCAAAAGAGAAUAAAUAAAUUAAAAUUAAAAUCCGCCGACGAUAAUAAUAAUGGUGAAAAUUUAAAAACUAAAACCGUUACUGAAAAAUUAGUUAAAGAUGCCAAAGCAUUGGAAGCAAGUGCAACUACUGUAUCUGCAACAACAGCAAGUCAACCAAUUCGUUUCCAAUUUGAUACAAGUUAUAUCACUGGUACAAAAGAUAAAUAUGCAUGUCAUAAUGUUGGUGAUGUAAUUUCAGUUGGUUUUUCAUCUGGUGCAACUAAACCAUGUGAGCCAGAUGGUUCAGUUGAAGUUUGUUUAUAUACAUGUACUGAAGCAGAUAUACAAACCACUCAACUUCAAAAUUUUUAUAAAAACAAUAUCAUUGAAACUAUUAAAGAAGUUUUCCAAUCAAGAUUAUUAGUCAGAAAUCCACAAAACUCUUUUACUUUUAAUCCAGCUGCAACCGAUGGUACUUGUGAUUAUGGUGUUCCAAUUCCUGAUAGUUAUUAUACCGAUGGUAUUGAAAAUACUGAUAUUUAUGUUUGGGUAACUUCAAGACCAACUUCUUCAAAUAAUACAAUUGCAUAUGCAUUUGCAUGUGAUUAUGAUACAACAAAUAAUAUUUUAGGUAGACCAAGAGCAGCAUCAAUUAAUUUUAAUCCAAUAUAUUUUUCACCAUUUAUUGGAGCAGAGAAUUCAAUUUCAUUUAAUGAAUAUGUUAGAGUUGGUAUACAUGAGAUGACACAUGCAUUAGGAUUUUCAUCAUCAUUUUUCGAUUCAUUUGUUAAACCAAAUACAGCAGAUGUAAUUAGAGAUGGUACUGGAGCUGCUGAAAAUUUUAAAUUCUCUGGAAAAACACCAAGUGGUGAAAGUUAUUCAGUGACUAAAUCUGCGAUUUAUUCGGAUCAUGUUGUAAACUUUGCCAAACAACAUUAUGGUUGUAAUGAUUUGAAACAUCAAGAACUUGAAGAUUUCGGUGGUUCAGGUACAGCUGGUAGUCAUUGGGAAGCCAGAACCGCCGGUGAAGAGUAUAUGUUGGGUUUUGUCAGUCCAGUGAUGCCAAUUACCGAUUUAUCAUUCAAUUUGUUAUUGGACUCUGGUUGGUACGAAAUUGUGACCAACUCUAGUGAACCAUUAAUUUGGGGCAAAGGAUUAGGUUGUGAUUUUGUCCAAAAGCCAUGUUCUACAAGUACAUGGAAUUACCAAGGUUACUUUUGCACUGAAAAUGGUGCCUCCUCUUGUACCGGUACAAGAAUGGGUAAAGGUGUUUGUAGAAUAGUUACAGGUCAAAACGAAUGGUUGCCACAAUACCAACAUCUUGAUAAUCCAAAAUUGGUUGGUUAUAAUUUGGCAGCUGACGGUUGUCCAUUCUAUUCGGUUCAAGAUAAUAAUGUAUACUGUUUUGAUACAUCCAAACAAUCCACUGCAAACUCUCAAGUAUUUGAAGAAUAUUGUGAAAACUGUCGUUGUUUUGAAUUUAAAGAUGGUAACGAUGGUUCAAUUCAACAAUCUUGUUGGGAACAAAGAUGUGGCUCAAAUGGUUUACAAAUUAAAAUUAAUAAUAAUUGGGUUGAUUGCCCUGAUUCUCAAACUAUAGUCUCAAGUGGUGUAACUGUAGUUUGUCCAACUGGUUAUACAAUUUGUGGUGGUGAUCCAAAACCAGUAAUUGUAACUGGUAGUUCUGGAAUUAAAAUCUUACCAUAUUUUAUUUUAAUUUCAUCAUUAAUAAUUUUAAUUUAUUUAUUAAUUUAA